GGGGGCGUGGCCGUAGCUGGGCAGGAAGGGCGGGGCCGGCGGUGGCGGCGGGUGUCAUAGCUUUACACUGCGGAGCAUGGGAUCUGUGUGAGGGCGCCCCCCCUCCUUCCGCCCCCAUACAACAACAACACCCCCCCCAUCCCUGUCACACCGAGAGCAUCCCCGAGCCGCGGCUCCCCUCCCCCGCCCGCAGCCAGCCCUGACUCCAGCUUCGGCGGCGGCAUGUCGCGCUCCGUGCUGCAGCCCAGUCAGCAGAAGCUGGCCGAGAAGCUGACCAUCCUCAAUGACCGGGGCAUCGGCAUGCUCACCCGCCUCUACAACAUUAAGAAGCAAGGACAAGUUUGGAAGGCAUGUGGGGAUCCCAAGGCAAAGCCUUCUUAUCUGAUCGACAAAAACUUAGAAUCUGCCGUCAAGUUUAUUGUCCGGAAGUUUCCAGCGGUUGAAACGCGCAACAACAAUCAACAGCUUGCGCAGCUCCAGAAAGAGAAAUCUGAGAUUCUGAAAAACCUGGCACUUUAUUACUUCACAUUUGUGGAUGUUAUGGAAUUUAAGGAUCAUGUAUGUGAACUGCUAAACACUAUUGAUGUUUGUCAAGUAUUCUUUGAUAUUACUGUCAACUUUGAUUUAACCAAGAACUACUUAGAUCUGAUAAUAACUUACACUACACUAAUGAUAAUGCUUUCCCGGAUUGAGGAGCGAAAAGCAAUUAUAGGACUCUACAACUACUCUCAUGAAAUGACUCAUGGUUCCAGUGAUCGGGAGUAUCCUCGACUUGGACAGAUGAUUGUAGACUAUGAAAAUCCUUUAAAAAAGAUGAUGGAAGAGUUUGUACCCCACAGUAAGUCUUUGUCCGAUGCCCUAAUUUCACUUCAGAUGGUUUAUCCUCGGAGAAAUCUUUCAGCAGAACAGUGGAGAAACGCGCAGCUCCUAAGCCUCAUCAGUGCCCCAAGUACAAUGUUAAACCCGGCACAAUCAGAUACGAUGCCGUGUGAAUACCUCUCAUUGGACGCAAUGGAGAAGUGGAUCAUUUUCGGAUUUAUCCUCUGUCAUGGAAUAUUAAAUACAGACGCUACCGCCCUGAAUCUGUGGAAGCUUGCGCUGCAGAGUAGUUCAUGCCUUUCCCUUUACAGAGAUGAGGUUUUCCAUAUCCAUAAGGCGGCAGAAGACCUUUUUGUCAACAUCAGAGGCUACAACAAACGCAUAAAUGACAUCAGAGAAUGCAAAGAAGCUGCCGUAUCACAUGCGGGAGCAACACAUAGAGAAAGGCGCAAAUUCUUAAGAUCGGCACUCAAAGAACUUGCCACUGUGCUUUCUGAUCAGCCGGGACUACUGGGGCCCAAGGCCCUUUUUGUAUUUAUGGCUCUUUCGUUUGCUCGUGACGAAAUCAUUUGGCUGCUCCGACAUGCGGAUAACAUCCCAAAGAAGAUUGCAGAUGAUUUUAUGGAUAAGCACAUAGCUGAGCUCAUAUUUUACAUGGAAGAGCUACGAGCGCACGUCAGGAAGUACGGGCCGGUCAUGCAGAGAUACUACGUGCAGUAUUUGUCUGGCUUUGAUGCAGUGGUUCUGAACGAGCUGGUGCAGAAUCUCUCUGUAUGUCCUGAGGAUGAAUCCAUCAUCAUGUCCUCUUUCGUAAAUACAAUGACAUCUCUGAGUGUAAAGCAAGUUGAAGAUGGAGAAGUGUUUGACUUCAGAGGAAUGAGAUUGGAUUGGUUUAGAUUACAGGCCUACACCAGUGUUUCCAAAGCAUCAUUAAGUCUUGCAGAUCAUCGGGAGCUGGGAAAGAUGAUGAAUACAAUAAUAUUUCAUACGAAAAUGGUGGAUUCCUUAGUUGAAAUGUUGGUGGAAACGUCUGACCUCUCCAUAUUUUGCUUCUACAGUCGAGCAUUUGAGAAGAUGUUUCAGCAGUGUUUGGAGCUGCCAUCCCAGUCAAGAUACUCCAUCUCAUUCCCUCUCAUAUGUACUCACUUUAUGAGCUGCACUCACGAGCUUUGCCCAGAAGAGAGACAUCAUAUUGGGGAUCGCAGCUUGUCUCUGUGUAACAUGUUCCUGGAUGAAAUGGCAAAACAAGCCCGGAAUCUCAUCACAGACAUCUGCACAGAACAGUGUACGCUGAGUGACCAGCUGCUGCCAAAACACUGUGCCAAAACCAUCAGUCAGGCAGUGAAUAAGAAGUCGAAAAAGCAGACCGGAAAGAAAGGAGAACCUGAGAGGGAAAAACCCGGCGUUGAAAGCAUGAGAAAAAACAGACUGCUAGUAACAAACUUGGAUAAACUGCAUACGGCACUUUCAGAACUCUGCUUCUCUAUCAAUUAUGCUCCGAAUAUGGUGGUAUGGGAACAUACGUUCACUCCUAGAGAAUAUCUGACCUCACACUUGGAAAUUCGCUUUACCAAGUCUAUUGUUGGGAUGACCAUGUACAAUCAGGCCACACAAGAGAUUGCAAAGCCUUCUGAGUUGUUGACCAGUGUAAGAGCCUACAUGACUGUUCUUCAGUCCAUAGAAAACUACGUGCAGAUUGACAUCACAAGGGUGUUCAACAAUGUUCUCCUUCAGCAAACGCAACACCUAGACAGCCACGGAGAGCCGACCAUCACCAGUCUAUACACUAAUUGGUAUUUGGAAACACUACUGAGACAAGUGAGCAAUGGCCAUAUAGCUUACUUCCCAGCGAUGAAAGCCUUUGUAAAUCUUCCCACUGAGAAUGAGCUAACCUUUAACGCUGAGGAAUAUUCCGACAUAUCUGAAAUGAGAGCACUUUCUGAGCUGCUGGGACCAUACGGUAUGAAGUUUCUCAGUGAGAGUCUUAUGUGGCAUAUUUCCUCCCAAGUGGCGGAACUGAAGAAACUUGUGGUGGAGAAUGUUGAGGUCUUAUCCCAGAUGAGGACAAGCUUCGACAAACCAGAACAAAUGGCAGCACUUUUCAAAAGACUGUCCUCUGUGGACAGUGUCUUGAAGAGGAUGACCAUUAUUGGCGUUAUUUUGUCCUUCCGCUCACUUGCACAGGAAGCACUAAGAGAUGUCUUAUCUUACCACAUUCCUUUCCUUGUAAGUUCUGUUGAGGAUUUCAAGGAUCACAUUCCAAGGGAGACGGACAUGAAGGUUGCAAUGAACGUGUACGAGUUGUCAUCUGCAGCUGGACUACCAUGUGAAAUCGAUCCGGCACUAGUUGUGGCGCUGUCAUCUCAAAAAUCUGAAACGAUCAGUCCAGAGGAGGAAUAUAAAAUCGCCUGUCUCCUCAUGGUAUUUGUGGCGGUUUCUUUGCCGACGUUGGCUAGUAACGUGAUGUCACAAUACAGUCCCGCUAUAGAAGGUCAUUGCAAUAAUAUCCAUUGCCUGGCAAAGGCCAUCAACCAGAUUGCCGCAGCCUUGUUUACUAUUCACAAAGGGAGCAUCGAGGAUCGUCUUAAAGAAUUCUUGGCUCUUGCAUCUUCCAGCCUGCUGAAAAUUGGCCAAGAGACAGAUAAAACUACUACAAGAAACCGAGAGUCUGUUUAUUUGCUGCUAGAUAUGAUUGUGCAAGAGUCGCCAUUCCUGACCAUGGACUUGCUGGAGUCAUGUUUCCCAUACGUCUUACUGAGAAACGCUUACCAUGCAGUUUACAAACAAAGCGUCACAUCCUCCGCAUAAAUAUUUGCUUGAUGAAAACCUAGAACGAGUUUCUACCAGCUCGGUUUUCGCCCCCAAAAAAACUAUGGAGUACUUUUAAUCGUUUGGACAAGAAAUACAAAACGGUUUUGUGACUUAAAACUCUUCCCUCCCAUUCCAUUGUAUUUUUGACCAGUGGUUUCUUUAUGCAGUUGUACUACCAGAUAGGCUUGGUUGGUUGCACUUCACUGAAAUAAAAAAAUAAAAAAUUCUAUAAAAAAAUAAAACCGAAAAAUAUUUGAUUUCUGGACCAUUACAUGCAAAGAAUCGGGAACUAAAGGUGGGGGGAGGGAAGCACGAACACUACUUUUUGGCUGUUUUUUUGAUAUCUGAUCAUGCAAAAUAUUAUUGCUUGUUUAUUUCAAAGAAAUGUAUUUAGUGAUUAUUUUAGAUGGUGGUAUAGGUGAUAUACAUCUGUGUGUAAAUUAUUUCAUAAAGGGAGAGUUAUAAUCUGUACCUUUUUAUGUUCUUAUCGAUAAUGGUUUGGAUAGGUGAUUCUGUGAUUUCCGUGAAGUAAUUGCACCAUGUUUCUUUUCUUCUUCCCCAUCCAGUCACCAAAUUUAAAGCAGAACAAAGCAAAAAUACAAUGCCACGUUCUCCCAUAUCUUGCACAUUGAGCAUUUACAAUUCAGAAAACUCUCCCCUGUAUUUUACGCAGCAGCAAAUGUUUGUAAAAAGCAUAAUAUAACUUUUUUUAGACUAAUUUCCAUGAUGCUCUGUUGGCAUUAAUAUUACCAUUGUACCCUGCUAUAUGAUAUGGUAAGACAUGCUUCUGCAUCUCUCAAAUGUUGAUACAAUUUUGUUUUUUGUUUUUGUUUUUGUUUUUUCCCUUUAACCACUUUUAUAUGUUUUAAGUUUUUGAAAUCCAAGUGUACCUUCCAUAACAUACAAUAAACCAUAGACUGUAUCAAACAAA